UGACACGUAGUCUUUAUUAGCACUGCCGCGGAAGCUUUGCGUGCACUCGGUUUCUUGUCACAGCCAUCUCACAUCAAGGCAGGACAGCUAAGAUAUUUGCCUCUGUUGAUCAACAGAAACUUUAUAAACAACCACCAUGGUGAAACUCGCUAAGGCAUCAAAAAUGCAAGCUAAAUCGAAAAAGGCUGCCCCACCACCCCCAAAAGAUGUAGAUGAUAGUGAUGAAGAAGAAGAUAUGGAAGAAGAUGAUAGUAGUGAAGAGGAGGUGGUGGUUCCUGUGAAAAAAACUCCAGCUAAGAAGGCAGCAACCCCUGCAAAACCAACACCAGGGAAGAAAGCUGCAACUCCGGCAAAGGUGGUUACACCAGGAAAGAAGGGAUCUACUCCAGCAGGGGCCAAAAAUGGCAAACGGCAAAAGAAGCAGCAGGAUAGUGAAGAUGAGGAAGAGGACUCUGAUGAGGAAUCGGAGGAAGAAGAGAAACCAGUUGCUAAAAAGCCAGUGGCCAAGAAACCAGUAGCUAAGAAGGAAGAGUCCGACGACGAUGAUGAAUCUGAGGAAGAAGAACCUGUUGCUAAGAAGUCACCAGUCGGUAAGCCUGCAGUGAAGAAACCAGCUGCACAGAAAGAAGAAUCUGAGGAAGAAUCUGAAGAAGAAAAACCUGUUGCGAAAAAAACACCUGCCAAUAAGACUGCAGCAAAAAAGCCAGUGGCAAAGAAAGAUGAAUCAGAGGAUGAUGAAGAGGAAGACUCAGAUGAAGAGAUGGAGGUAGCACCUGCUGUUACCAAGGUAAAAAAAUCUGCACCACCUAAAGCAAGUGAGGAGGACGAUGAUGAGGAUGAUGAUGACGAUGAUGAGGAUGACGACGAGGAAGAUGAGGAUGACGAGGAUGAAGAGACUGUUAAAGAUUCUGGAAAACGUAAAAAGGAGAUGCCAAAACAGAAAAAUGUUCCUGAAACAAAGAAGCAGAAGACAGAGACUGCACCAGAAGGCCUCUCUGUCUUUGUGGGCAACCUGAAUUCAACAAAGGACUUUGAUGAACUGAAAGAUGCCCUCAGGGAAUUCUUCUCAAAGAAGAAUUUACCUGUUCAAGAUGUUCGCAUUGGAUCAUCAAAGAAAUUUGGUUAUGUGGAGUUUUCUUCUGAAGAAGAGGUAGAACGGGCACUGAAAUUCAAUGGGAAAAAAGUUCUCGGUAGUGAGAUGAAGUUGGACAAAGCAUUGGACAAAAAUAAGACCAAGGGUCCAGAUAACAAGAAGGACAGAGAUGCACGUACCCUGUUUGUUAAAAAUCUGCCAUAUAACACCACUUCGGAAGAGUUACAAGAAGUCUUUGAAAAUGCUAAAGAGAUCAGAUUACCAGUUGGGAAAGAUGGUUCUAGCAAAGGUAUUGCAUAUGUUGAAUUCAACACAGAAGAGGAGGCUGAUAAGGCCAUGGAGGAGAAACAAGGUUCAGAGGUUGAGGGUCGCUCCAUUUUCAUAGACUAUACAGGGGAUAAAAGCCAGAAUUCUGCCUCUAAAAGAGGUAGUCAAGGAGGUGAAUCGAAAACGCUUGUUGUUAACAACCUCUCCUAUAAUGCUACCGAAGAGAGUUUGCAGGAAGUGUUUGAAAAAGCAGUAGCUAUUAGGAUACCACAGAACAACCAGGGUCGGCCAAAAGGCUUUGCCUUUGUAGAAUUCAGUUCUGUUGAAGAGGCAAAGGAUGCUAUGGAUUCCUCCAACAAUGUAGAUGUUGAAGGCCGGUCAAUACGGCUUGAGUUCAGCCAGGGAGGUGGUCCACAGGGAGGCAACAGAGGAGCCUCUACACAGUCAAAAACACUUUUUGUCAAAGGUUUAUCCGAGGACACUACUGAAGAAACAUUAAGAGAAUCCUUUGAUGGCUCUGUGGGUGCUAGAAUAGUAACAGACAGAGAUACUGGAGCAUCCAAAGGGUUUGGUUUUGUGGACUUUUCAUCGGCAGAGGAUGCCAAAGCUGCCAAAGAUGCAAUGGAGGAUGGGGAAAUUGAUGGGAGCAGAGUCACACUGGACUUUGCAAAACCCAAGGGAGACAAUCAGCGUGGUGGUGGUCGUGGUGGUUUUGGUGGCAGAGGUGGCUUUGGUGGCAGAGGUGGUGGUCGUGGAGGCUUUGGUAGAGGAGGUGGGCGUGGUGGUUUUGGCAGAGGUGGUGGCAACAGAGGAAGAGGUGGCUUUGGAGGAGGUAGAGGAGGUGGAUUCAGAGGUGGAAACCAAGGAAAGAAGAUAAGGUUUGAUGACUGAACAAAGUUCUCUCUCAUUACCCCUUCAAACCUGAAACCAUCUCCCUUAACUUAAAGGACUCUGAUAGGGGCAGAAGGGGACACUGUGAUUUCCCUGCCUCAUACCACUCUUUGCCGGAGCCUUUAGUGGACAUUCCAAAGUGGAGUUGUACUUUCCUGUUACCACCUGGAUACCAAGUCAUUUCAUGAGAAGAUGUGACUGCUUGAUUAUCCUUACAGACUUUUUUUUUAAGAAGUGUGUGUGUGAAGACCUUAUCCUAAACCUGUCAUUAUCAAAUUUUACCCACUGUAAAGAGAAAAAAAUUUCUGUAGAUUUUUUUUUUUUUUUUCCCCCCCUGUAAAUGCAGAAUGUUAAUGACUGUGCUUAAACAACUUGUCUUGUUCAGAUUAAAGGACCUCAUCUGGUUACUUAUUUUUAGUAUAACUGUUUCCAAAUAUUCUGCUCGUGUCUCAAAAUUAAGUUUUUGGUUGGGAAUCUUUUAAAAAAAUAUUAAUCUUUACAGCUUUCAUUUAGUUAAACAAUCUUCCUAGAUCUCAAGCUCUUGGUUCAUAGGUUCCAGCUGCUAAAGGUCCACAAUUUGAAUAGUAAUUUAUAGUUUAAUAGGCUCAAAGUCCAAGAAGCUCUGCAAUCAAGUGGUGCAAAUUACAUUAGCCAGGUACAUAGUUUCCUUGAUUGUGACUACUUAUUAUACAAACCCAUUUAGAAAUUCUUAAUCACUAUAAAGCUAGGUUAGGUGACUUCCAGCAUGCAUGAUUCUUGGGUUUUACAGCAAUGCGUUUUUGCAGGUUUUCAUUGAUUUAUGGGCGUUCAAUGUCAUAACUUCUUUUCAUCCAGUUAAUAUAGAAUGUCUCUUGUGCAGGUUUCCUAAAGUGUCGGCAGUCACAGCAUAGUCUGUAGAUGGCAGACUUCUAGAUUUUUUUUAAUACUGUAAUGUCCAAGGUGCUAUUUACAAUAAGUAUGUUGGUAAUUAAAGUGAGUGUAAAGUUUGACGUGUGCCUGGUUUUUAAAAAUCCUAUUAAAAACGGGCGCUUUCAUUCAAACUAAUACUUGCCUUUUAUUCUUAAAAGCUGAUCCAGCGCUUCCCCUGUCUGUCUCGUCUCCUCAUAUGUCAAAAAUGACUAAUCCAGCUUCCUCCGGGGGGAGUGCAGUGAUUGGAGGAAGCCAGAUUAGUCAUUGCUGAUGUAUGAAGAGGCCUGCGACGGAAGCACUGAAGCGGCUUUCAAGAAGAAGUAAAGUUUGAUAAAUGAAAGUGCCCCUGUCUUAAAUAGGAUUUUUAAAACUGGGCACCCAUUCGUCAAACUUAAAAUCUUGUUGCUUGUGUGAUAAGAUAUAUUUUAUAAACUGGAAAAAGCUGCUUGCUAAGUAAAUCUCCAUCUUUGGGGGAAAUUAUGUAUUGCACAAUUGUAUAGUAAAUAGCUAAUUUGCUUUCAUGUAGGGGUAUGCAUUCUGCUAAUUUGUGGGGAUCCAAAGGUGGACGUUCGUGGGAUUGUGCUUUUUCUAGAGCAUUUAUUUUGUAAGUUCAAUACACUAGGAUCUGUGCAAAUACAGAUCCUAGUGCUUAAACUUUCACAAGAAUAAAUGCAGCUCCAGAAAGAGCACAAUCCCACAAUUUUGAAGUAAAAUCUUUAAUUUUGUUUAACAUGUAACUGAUCUAGUGGAAAGGUUUAUGUGCAUCAAGCCCUAUGGGUUUUUCUAUAAUUGACCCAGAUGGUUUUUCAUGUCUAAUGCCUUUUUUUUUUUUUUUUUUUUUUUUUUUUUAACAAAUGUGUUGAAAUACACCUUCCACAAACAACUUUCCUAUAAGCCUUGUUUGUGUCUAGGUUUUUUUUUUUCCCCCCUCUCAAAUUUAUUGCGACAGUGAGAAAUGUUAUACAUUUUGUAUGUUUUUGCAGAUUAUGAAUAGAACAUUGACAAAUUACUUCAGCCUUGUUAAAUUCUUGUUUCUAGUGUUCAGCUUAUUUUGCAGACUUUUACAUCUGUCCCUUAAUAGCAACACUGUUGAAUCUUACUGGCUAUUCUAAAUUUUCUACUUAAAGGACACUUAAAGGGACAGUAUACUGUAAAAUAGUUUUUCCCUUAAUGUGUUUACAAUUGCUUUUUUACCAACUGCAGAGUAAAAAAUGUAUGAAAAUUA